AUGGAAGUGUUGAGCAACAUCCCAACCCUAUACCGCUUCGUUUUUCUCUAUCUUGAACCUUUUCUCGCAAUCGGCGCCGCCAUGCAGACGCACUUUACCCCUAAAGCCUUCCUAAAUACCAUGUCUCAGACGAGCGAGUAUGCGCCCGACAAUCAGGUCAUUUACGACCAAGUUGCAGCCCUCUAUACCUUGUUUGCAUUCAACGAAGCCGUGCUCUUGAGGUUGACGAAUGACAUUCGUGUAUGGAAAGGUGUUUUCGUCGGCAUCUUCAUCUGCGACAUUCUACAUCUGUAUGCGAGUUGUGCUUCCCUCGGUGGGGAUGUGUUUUGGAAUCCUCGUGCAUGGAGGGUCGAGGACUGGGCGAAUCUUGGGUCGCUCUGGGGACUGGGAGUCGUUCGCGUUGCUUUUCUCGCUGGAGUCGGGUUUCAGCAAACCGAUGGCCGUAUCAAGAGCAAGUGA